CAAUGAUCGGCGCCUUUUCCCCCGACAUCCGACCCGUCGAAUGGGAGGGCGGUCUCCCGGGCAACGGCUCCCUGUUUGGUGACACCGGUUGCUUGUCGCCUUUCGCCGUCUUGUUUUUGACUUGACCUGAAGGAGAUUUUCUCUGCGGGGAGCACUUCCGGUGUGCGUUGUGCUGGUCAGGUGAGUGAAGCGGGGUCACGACAUCCAGGUAAACGUUCGACAACGCCAUGAAAAAAGGGGAAACACAAGCGGACUUAGUUGCUGUCGGUUUCCGGUCCAGAGCUUUUGUUUUGGAAAUUCCAGGAAGUUGGGACGACAAUUCCCUGCUCGUGCCGAUGACUUGCUCUGAAAUCGAAAUGGCGGGAACUUCCAGACACGACCGAGACAUGGCGCUCAACGCCAAACGGCAGCUGACGUCGUGUUCCGACCCGCUGGAGAGACUCCGCCUCCAGUGUCUGGCCCGGGGGUCCGCGGGCAUCAAAGGUCUCGGAAGGGUGUUCCGGAUCAUGGACGACGACGCCAACCGCUCGCUGGACUUGAAGGAGUUCCUGAAGGGCGUCCACGACUUCGGCCUCCCGAUGGACAAACGGGAAGCGGCGGCCAUCUUUCAGCGCUUUGACCGCGACGGGAACGGCACCAUUGACUUCGACGAGUUCCUCGUCAUGCUCAGGCCGGCCAUGUCCGAGGCCCGCCGAGACGCGGUCUUGCGGGCCUUCCGCAAACUGGACAAGAGCAAAGACGGCGUGAUCACCGUGGACGACCUGCGGGGCGUCUACAACGCCAAGUACCACCCCAAGUACCAGAACGGCGAGUGGAGCGAGGAGCAGGUCUUCAGGAGCUUCCUCGACAACUUUGACUCGCCGUACGACAAAGACGGAAAGGUGACGCACGAAGAGUUCGUCAACUACUACUGCGGCGUCAGCGCCUCCAUCGACAACGACGCCUUCUUCAUCCUCAUGAUGACGAACGCCUGGAAGCUCUGAAAGCGCCGUUCGCUUUCGGCGGCGCGGGAACUGUGACGUUGCGGGCCUCGAUCGUUUCUGAAAAUCGUUUUGAGAACCGUCGUUCUCGGCUACGAUUUUGGAAUUGCGAUAUAGCCGACCCAUCGGUCAGAGGAAAAACCGUUCCCGGUCGCCGUCGCGAGGCUCGUCAAAUAAAUACCGCACG